CUGCCUCAAGAUCCCUGGCGAUGUCCCUAAGUAGGCUUUGCGCGAGCUGUUCGAGUUCCGCCCCGUCGAUGGGCGGCCCGUUGCCGCCCGUCCCGGUCGCCUGGUGGCAUUCCAACUCGUCGAAGAGGUCCGGCAGAGAAGGCAUGUCAGAAGGAUGGUCCGGGAGAGGGCACGCAACAGUUGAUCUAGAUCUAGACUAUUUGUCUGUUCCCGUUUAA